CGUGGGUCCCCGACUCGCCCCCGGCCGGGCCAUGGCGGGCGCCAGGCCCGGCGUCCACGCGCUGCAGCUGGAGCCGCCCACCGUGGUAGAGACCCUGCGGCGCGGGAGUAAGUUCAUCAAAUGGGACGAGGAGGCUUCCAGUCGGAACCUGGUGACCCUGCGUGUAGACCCCAAUGGCUUCUUCCUGUACUGGACAGGACCCAACAUGGAGGUGGACACCCUGGACAUCAGUUCUAUCAGGGACACGCGGACGGGCCGUUAUGCCCGCCUGCCCAAGGACCCCAAGAUCCGAGAGGUGCUGGGCUUUGGAGGCCCUGACACCCGGCUGGAGGAGAAGUUGAUGACAGUGGUGGCCGGGCCAGACCCGGUGAAUACAACAUUCUUGAACUUCAUGGCCGUGCAGGAUGACACAGCCAAGGUCUGGACCGAGGAGCUGUUCAAGCUGGCUAUGAACAUCCUGGCUCAGAACGCCUCCCGGAACACCUUUCUGAGAAAAGCAUACACCAAGCUGAAGCUGCAGGUGAACCAGGAUGGACGGAUCCCAGUGAAGAACAUCCUGAAGAUGUUCUCAGCAGAUAAGAAGCGCGUCGAGACUGCGCUGGAAUCCUGUGGCCUCAAUUUCAACCGGAGUGAGUCCAUCCGGCCCGACGAAUUCUCCUUGGAAAUCUUCGAGCGGUUCCUGAAUAAGCUGUGUCUGCGGCCAGACAUUGACAAGAUCCUGCUGGAGAUAGGCGCCAAGGGCAAGCCAUACCUGACGCUGGAGCAGCUCAUGGACUUCAUCAACCAGAAGCAACGGGACCCGAGGCUCAACGAGGUGCUGUAUCCACCCCUGCGGCCCUCCCAGGCCCGGCUGCUCAUUGAGAAGUAUGAGCCCAACCAGCAGUUCCUGGAACGAGACCAGAUGUCCAUGGAGGGCUUCAGCCGCUACCUGGGGGGUGAGGAGAAUGGAAUCCUGCCCUUGGAGGCCCUGGAUCUGAGCGCGGACAUGACCCAGCCGCUAAGCGCCUACUUCAUCAACUCCUCACACAACACCUAUCUCACAGCGGGGCAGCUGGCUGGGACGUCGUCGGUGGAGAUGUACCGGCAGGCACUGCUCUGGGGCUGCCGCUGCGUGGAGCUGGACGUGUGGAAAGGGCGGCCCCCGGAGGAGGAGCCCUUUAUCACCCACGGCUUCACCAUGACCACCGAGGUGCCGCUGCGAGACGUGCUCGAGGCCAUUGCGGAAACCGCCUUCAAGACCUCGCCCUACCCUGUCAUCCUCUCCUUCGAGAACCACGUGGACUCGGCAAAGCAGCAGGCGAAGAUGGCCGAGUACUGUCGUUCGAUCUUCGGGGACGCGCUGCUCAUCGACCCACUGGACAAGUACCCGCUGGCCCCAGGCGUCCCCCUGCCCAGCCCCCAGGACCUGAUGGGCCGCAUCCUGGUGAAGAACAAGAAGCGACACCAGCCCAGCACUGGUGUCCCCAACAGCUCCAUUCGCAAGCGGCCGCUGGAGCAGAGCAACUCGGCCCUGAGCGAGAGCUCUGCCGCCACCGAGCCCUCCUCACCUCAGCUCGGGUCCCCCAGCUCUGACAGCUGCCUGGGCCUGAGCAAUGGGGAAGAGCUGGGCCUUGAGAAGCCCAGCCUGGAGCCUCGGAAGUCUCUGGGCGAGGAGGGGCUACAGCGGGGCCCUGAUGCUCUUGGAUCUGCCGACCGUGAGGAUGAGGAGGAAGACGAGGAAGAGGAGGAACAGGCAGAUCCCAAAAAGCCGACCUCAGAUGAGGGCACUGCCAGCAGUGAAGUCAAUGCCACUGAGGAGAUGUCAACACUCGUCAACUACAUCGAGCCUGUCAAGUUCAAGUCCUUUGAGGCUGCUCGAAAGAGGAACAAAUGCUUCGAGAUGUCAUCCUUCGUGGAAACCAAGGCCAUGGAGCAACUGACCAAGAGCCCCAUGGAGUUUGUGGAAUACAAUAAACAACAGCUCAGCCGCAUCUACCCCAAGGGCACCCGCGUGGACUCCUCCAACUACAUGCCCCAGCUCUUCUGGAACGUGGGCUGCCAGCUUGUGGCCCUCAACUUUCAGACCCUGGAUGUGGCGAUGCAGCUCAACGCGGGUGUGUUUGAGUACAACGGGCGCAGCGGCUACCUGCUCAAGCCCGAGUUCAUGCGGCGGCCGGACAAGUCCUUCGACCCCUUCACCGAAGUCAUCGUGGACGGCAUCGUGGCCAAUGCCUUGCGGGUCAAGGUGAUCUCGGGGCAGUUCCUGUCCGACAGGAAGGUGGGCAUCUACGUGGAGGUGGACAUGUUUGGCCUCCCCGUUGACACACGGCGCAAAUACCGCACUCGGACGUCUCAGGGGAACUCAUUCAAUCCUGUGUGGGAUGAGGAACCCUUUGACUUCCCCAAGGUGGUGCUCCCCACGCUGGCUUCGCUGCGCAUCGCGGCCUUUGAGGAAGGCGGCAAGUUUGUGGGGCAUCGGAUUCUGCCCGUCUCUGCCAUCCGUUCAGGGUACCACUACAUUUGCCUGCGGAACGAGGCCAACCAGCCGCUCUGCCUGCCAGCCCUGCUCAUAUACACCGAAGCCUCCGACUAUAUUCCUGAUGACCACCAGGACUACGCAGAGGCCCUGAUCAACCCCAUCAAGCAUGUCAGCCUGAUGGACCAGAGGGCCAAGCAGUUGGCCGCCCUCAUCGGGGAGAGCGAGGCUCAGGUUGGCCCAGAAACUUGCCAGGAGACUCCAUCGCAGCAGCCGGUGACCCCAAACCCCACACCCAGCACACUGGACAUCUCCCCGCGCCGGCCCCCGGGCCCCGCCACGUCCCCUACCAGCCCCUCCCUCAGCAGCCCAGGGCAGCGCGACGACCUCAUCGCCAGCCUCCUCUCAGAGGUGGCCCCGGCCCCGCUGGACGAGCUCCGAGGCCACAAGGCUCUGGUGAAACUCCGGAGCCGGCAAGAGCGAGAGCUUCGGGAGCUGCACAAGAAGCAUCAGCGGAAGGCGGUUGCCCUCACUCGCCGGUUGCUCGACAGCUUGGCCCAGGCCCGGGCUGAGCGCAGGUGCCUGCAGCGGCCGGGUGUCCUAGGCGGGGAGGACGAGAAGGCGGGGGAGGAAGAGGUGAAGCGGUAUCGAGAGUUCCAGAAGAGACAGGUGCAGAGUCUGCUGGAGCUGCGGGAGGCCCAGGCGGAUACAGAGGCCGAGCGGAGGCUGGAGCAUCUGCGACAGGCUCAGCAGCGGCUCAGGGAGAUCGUCCUGGAUGCUCACGCCACCCAGUUCAAGCGGCUGAAGGAGACGAACGAGAGGGAGAAGAAGGAACUGCAGAAGAUUCUGGACAGGAAGCGCCACAACAGUAUCUCAGAAGCCAAGACAAGGGAGAAACAUAAGAAGGAGGCGGAACUGACAGAGAUUAACCGUCGGCACAUCACCGAGUCCGUCAACUCCAUCCGUCGGCUGGAGGAAGCCCAGAAGCAGCGGCACGAACGCCUGGUGGCCGGGCAGCAGCAGGUGCUGCAGCAGCUGGCCGAAGAAGAGCCCAAGCUGCUGGCCCAACUGGCCCAGGAGUGUCAGGAACAGCGGGCAAGGCUGCCCCAGGAGGCCUGCCGGAGCCUGCUGGGCGAGACGCCGGAGGGGCUGGGGGACGGGCAUCUGGUGGCCUGUGCCAGCAACGGUCACGCACCUGGGAGCGGCGGGCACCUGUCUGGCGCUGACUCAGAGAGCCAAGAGGAGAAUACGAAGCUCUGAACUGGCUGAGCGAGAGAUGAGGAAACUGAGGCCCAGAGCAGAAGUCCCGUGUGCCAGGCCACAGCUAAGUCAAGAUGUCCUGACCUGGAGGCAGGGCGGGCCUGGACCUUCUAUGGCAGACUGUCUUCCGGCCAGGUUGGAGGACCUGCUCCAUGCUGCUCUCUCCUGCCUCUGGACAGCGUGGAGUGGCAGAGACCCCGCAGCGAGGGCGCGGCUAGGUUCUGCUGCAGGGUCAGGCUGGCACGUCUUCAAGGCCUCUCCCGGCUUCCUGGCUUCCUGGGCCGACUGCCUCCCUCCUCCAGAGGAAGGCAGCCUCUUAUCUGGGCUUAUCUCCUGCCAAUUGAGUGUUUUCUUUCUUUGUUUUUGCUGCAGCCUCAGGCAAACAGGGCGGGGAGGCCAGAGAGAAAAGGCUGCCCGAGCAAGGCCCUUCCCGGGGCUGGGGGCCUCUCCCCUUUGCCCUGCUCCCUCAGGGUUAAUACCGUUAUUGUCCAGACCUUCCCGGCUUCUGGGGUCAGGCCUUGUCCUGUCCCCAGAUUGGCCUACCGUAUUCCAUGACCAAGUCCUAUCUUCCCGACGUGGCUCACCACUACCUUACAGAAGAAACACUCCACGUUAGUCCCCGGAUCCUCAAAGGCCAGGCUAAACUCCAAACUCCUGGGUAUGACAUUCCAGACCCCCAGAAUCCUGGCCUCUGCUGCUCCCCCAUAUCCUUUCAUGGGUCCACUCUUUUCUCUGCUGGCAAUGACAGCUUCCUUCCCCAUCUCUCUUUUUAAGUAAGUCCCAGCUCUAACUCACCUCUGCCCUGGCCCUCACCCCGGUACCAGUCCCUGUUAACAGCACUCAGCUGGCGGUAACUCCACUCUGAGAGGCUGGCUCACCUCUGCCAGGAAGCUUCUGACGGCGGGGCUGUUGUGGCCUAAUUCAUCUUUGUAUACUCAUUACAAAGCGCUGGCUGGUCUAUAGGGGGCGCCAAUAAAUCUUUCUGGAAUUGAGCUCGGA